CGGUUAUGGCGGCGGGAGGGAGGCUGGAGGAGGAGGCGGCCCGCUGGCUGCGCUGGGACCGGAAUCCUAAAACUUCAGAAAUAGUUAAACAGCUGGUUGCAGAUGGGAAUACCGAAGAGCUGCAGAAAUGUUUCGGUUCCCGAAUGGAGUUUGGAACGGCUGGGCUCAGAGCUGCCAUGGGAGCGGGAAUUUCCCAGAUGAACGAUCUGACGAUCAUUCAGACCACUCAGGGGUUUUGCAGAUACCUAGAAAAGAAUUUCAGCGAUCUGAAGAAAAGAGGCGUGGUGAUCAGUUUUGAUGCUCGGGCUCACCCCCCAAGUGGAGGUAGCAGCAAAAGGUUUGCCCGGCUCGCCGCGACCGCUUUCAUCAGUCAGGGAAUCCCUGUGUAUCUCUUCUCUAAUAUCACACCAACUCCUUGGGUGCCCUACACAGUGUCUCAUCUGAAUCUUUGUGCUGGAAUCAUGGUAACAGCUUCCCACAAUCCAAAGCAGGAUAAUGGUUAUAAGGUGUAUUGGGACAACGGAGCUCAAAUAAUCUCUCCUCAUGACAAAGGAAUCGCUCAAGCUAUUGAAGAGAAUCUGGAACCCUGGCCUAAAGCAUGGGAUGAUAGUCUGAUUGACAACAAUCCCCUUCUCCAUGAUCCAUACACCAAAAUCAAUAAGGACUACUUUGAAGACUUGAAGAAAUACUGCUUCCAUAGAAACAUAAACAGGGAAUCCAAAGUGAAAUUUGUCCACACCUCGGUGCAUGGAGUCGGCCAUGAUUUUGUGCAGUUGGCUUUCAAAGCGUUUGACUUUGCUCCUCCUUAUGCUGUUCCCGAACAGAAAGACCCCGAUCCAGAAUUUCCAACAGUGAAAUAUCCAAAUCCUGAAGAGGGUAAAGGAGUCUUGACUUUAUCAUUUGCUCUCGCUGACAAAGUUGGGGCCAGAGUGAUCUUAGCAAAUGACCCGGAUGCUGAUCGACUUGCAGUAGCAGAGAAGCAAGAAAGUGGUGAAUGGAAAGUGUUUUCUGGAAACGAGCUGGGGGCCCUCUUAGGUUGGUGGACGUUCACCUGUUGGAAAGAGAAGAAUCCGGACCUUACUGCGCUCAAAGACGUAUACAUGUUAGCCAGCACUGUCUCCUCCAAAAUCCUAAGAGCCAUAGCUUUAAAGGAGGGAUUCCACUUUGAGGAGACUCUGACUGGCUUUAAGUGGAUGGGAAACCGAGCCAAGCAACUGAUAGACCAGGGGAAGAGUGUCCUGUUUGCAUUUGAAGAAGCUAUUGGAUACAUGUGCAGCUCCUACGUUCUGGACAAAGACGGCGUCAGUGCUGCUGCUAUAACUGCCGAGUUGGCUAGUUUUCUGGACACUAAGAAUAUAUCCUUAUCUCAGCAACUGAAAAAUAUCUAUGUUGAAUACGGCUACCACAUUGCCAAAACUUCAUAUUUUAUCUGCCACGACCAAAAGAUCAUAAAGAGUCUAUUUGAACACCUCCGUAAUUAUGAUGGAAAGAACAAUUACCCGAAGACCUGCGGCAAAUUUGAGAUUUCCGGCGUUCGCGAUCUUACUACAGGCUAUGACAGCAGCCAGCCAGACAAAAAAGCCAUUCUUCCCACAAGUCAGAGCAGUCAGAUGAUCACCUUCACAUUUGCCAACGGAGGAGUGGCUACAAUGAGGACCAGUGGCACCGAACCCAAGAUCAAAUAUUACGCUGAGCUCGGGGCUCCUCCCGGAAACAGCGACCCUGAGCUGCUGAAGAAGGAACUGAACGAUCUGGCCGAUGCCAUUGAAAAGCACUUCUUUCAGCCAGAAAAGAAUAAUCUGCAGCCCAAGGCUGAGUAAAGACCACGCCAGCCUCGGGCCACACUCCCUGGCCCUAAUCGAUUGGGAAUGGUUCCGCGGAGCUUUACCUGGAGAGCAGCUUUCUAAGAGGGAAUGGUAUUUAUUAAAGCACAUACCGUGUGCGAAGCAUUGAACUAAGUUCGGGGAGAGAAUAUACAUGUGGGAAUUAGGAUUCCGGUCCCUCGGGGGUGGGGGGGGUGCUCUGCAAAUUAUCGCUCAAACUAUUUGCAUCUUGCAAAGAUGAAUUGCUCAUCGUAUCCAGCUAAUAUGCUUUAAUGCGGACGGGAGCACCUGCUUGUCCUCUAAAGGAAAUGACCAUUCCUUCUCUUGAGCUUUCUAAACAGCUUUCAUUAGUCACUUUAAGUAGAGCCAUUUGUAAAAUAAUCUUAUCAUGUGCCUUAAAUCCACAGAAAUGACUGUUUUGAGGGGGAUAGCCCUGAGUUAUUUCUGCUCAAGUGAAACAGCCAGCAGUGUACUCACAGAUUACGUUUUUGUUAACCGCCAAUUCUCCGUGGCAUUUCUGGCUUCCGUGCAAUCAGCGGGUCACCAAUUGAAAAGCACUCCUCAUUGUUCCCAGCCUGGGGAACAAACUCCUCAAAGGCCCUCGGGUUGUGAAUUGUCCAAUUUAGAUUCCUGCGUGUUAAAAGAUAUGCCUAUAAAAAUGACCAUUUACCUUUCAUAGCCUUCUGCUAAGAACAUGAUUUUUAGAGGUUUUUCCGUUGCUUCAUUUUGUGAAAAUAAAAUGUAUUUUCCUUA